AACUUACCAAGGCGCCCACACAGCAUGAUGUACUUCUUUCCGCAGAGCAUGCUCCCAGUCAUGACGACCACCGUCAAGGAAGAGCGCCCUGCCGUCUCGGGUGCGUGGUCCGAGCUCGAGCACAAGCGGUUUCUUGUUGCGCUCGAGCUGUAUCCCAAGGGCCCGUGGAAGGCAAUCGCUAGCUACGUCGGCACGCGCACCCCGCGCCAGACACAAACGCACGCGCAAAAGUACCGCGAGAAGCUGUUCCGCCAGAUGCGUGGCCUUAAGAAGGGCCCGGGCUCCAAGACCAAGAAGACGCAAGACGUCAUGGAGGCCGUCUACAACGAGAUCAAGUCGAUCACCUUCGAAGCCGUCGAUCCGGUCGCAAUGACACCCACGCCAACGCCAACGUCAGCCGCGUCGCCUACCGACGUCACGGAUGUCUCCGAGUGCCAGAUGCAGAUGCUCAUGCUCGACAACAUGACGUUUGAAGAAUCACUCGACUACCUCAUUGGGUGUGUCGAGGAAGUGUAAUCGCCGACGACGCCAACCUUGGAAGCCUAUUUAUCCCGAUAGAAAGACAGUGUGUCAUCGUCGUCGUCGUUGCAAAACCUCGAUGUAAAGUCAAUGUAUUUACAUUUUAUGAAUGACA